AUGUCCCGAUAUCGUCCUGAUCCUCGAUACUCCGACGGCAACCUGGCCUACCGUGAUCCUCCACCACAGCGAUGGGACACUGACCGCUUCGUUCGUGAACGCGAGAUCCGUGCUCCUGUCAUUGAUCAACGUCCACCCUAUGCCGAUUACCCUCCACCCCGCCGAGCCCCGGUCUAUGAGGAGCAGCGCUACUAUGAAGAUGAUCGCUAUGGCCCUCGUGGCGCCACCGAGCACAAAUACUUCGAGGAAAGGGACUACUAUGACCCCCGUGCACCCUCUGGGCAAAUGGUCCCGUAUGCCGCUCGACCAGAAGCUCCUCCACGCCCAAGCAUUCUUCGUCGCCAGUCUAGCCUAGAUACCUUUGACCGCCAACCACACCGACACCAUCAAAACUAUGAGGAUUACUAUCGGCCUCCAAGACCCAACCCACCCCGGGAGAUGAUCCCGGUGCGGCCUCCUUCUCCUCGCCGAUAUCCCAGGUAUGACCAUAACUAUGACGAUAUCCGAGUCCAAGACCCCGACUACUACGGAGACGAUGGUUUCAGGGAGUAUCGUGAGCGAGAGUGGGUUAGCCGACGAAGAAGAAAUAGCAGCCCGUCCCCCCACAGGCACUCGGUGAAAGGGGGAACUGUCGAGGAGGUCAGGGAGGAGAUCAAAGAAGUCAAGGAGGAGAAACCCUACCCGCGACGAGGCAAGACUCGUAUGCCAAAGCGCUUGGUUCACACCAAGGUUCUCUUUGAUUUGGGCUAUCCCUACUACGAAGAGGAUGAGCGAACAAUCAUCAUCGAAAAGGCACUCGGCCCAGACAAUAUUGAUGAGAUCUUUACGCUAAGUCGGGACUACCGAGAGAAGGAAACGGUGACAACCCGUCUUCUUGAAGCGCCCCCAGCAUCGGUUGCACCUUCCAUCAGAGCUCCAAGUGUGCACGGAGGGGUUUUUGAAGAAAUCAAGACCACCGAGAAGAUUGAAGAGAUCAAAACCAUGCCAUUAGCCGAAGCCCCGAGAUCUGUUCAAAACUGGGAUGGAUUAUCAGUGCGCUCCCCGUCUCCGCAUAGGCACCGCUCUCGUUCUCGAAGAAGGUCUCGCCGUGGAUCUUCGCCGGUUGAGGUCGUUAAGGAAACCAUAAUCGAGAAAGACAAGGUCGUGAGAGAGGUUUCUCCUGCACGUACCCACCGAUCAAGCCAUACGCGCCGUAGAGGCUCUUCAGUCAGCGAAGGGUCUUUCAUUGAACGCAAAAUUACUCGGGAAGCCGAAUUCGAUGACUCUGGUUCCGUGCACGUAGGACCCUUGGCUCUAGUUGUGGACCGCAAACCCAACCGGAGCGACUGGGAAAUCAAGGAGGAGAUACGGCGCCUCGAAUCCGAGCGGCGAGCUCUAAGGCGAGAACGCCGACACGAGCGUGAUCACGAGCGCGAACACAGCACUGAGGUCGUUAAGAUUGAGAGGGUUCGCUCGCGGACCCCGUCUCCGCGGGGGAACGAGAUCAUCCUCGAGAGACGCGGCGAGGAAGUUCUAGAAGUCAAGAAGGACCGUCGAGGUAGGAUGUCGUUGAUCGCCAAAUAA